CAUUAUAAAAUUUGAUUCGAUUUGACGGCGAGAUCUUCUCCGAAGGAGGAAGUUUUUGACAUUUGACAAUGCGAAAAGGCUUAAGUUGACUGAACCUAAUUAAAAUUUUCGAAGGCUCAACUGCAACUCUGCGAUCUCUCUUUUGUUGCUCCUCCGUCUGUCCCCCUAUGCGACAGCGACACCUGCUCGCUUUUACCGGCCACUCAUGGCCUCUUCCUGUUCCUGUUCACUCCACUUUACUUCCCUUCUUCCUCGACCCAACGCGCCAUUAGAUUAGCCAUUCCUCUAACUAAGCUUCUCCACCUAAAAAUCCCACCUUUAUCCGACCGUAGCCGGCGACAAGAAUGGAGUUCGACCUGGAAAACCCGCUGAUCAGUUGCGAUGACGAGCAGCCGCAGCGCUCCGGCUGCUUCGCAGCCCUCUUCACCGCGGAGUCCGACCACAUGGUCUCCUCCGUCGGCUGCGCCGUCGACAUUGCCGCCCGGAGGGACGCCGUCGCUCUGGUCAUGGAGUUCGGCUGCACUCUCGAUCCUCUCGUCGCGUACCUGGCGAUCAACUACAUCGAUCGGUUCCUUUGCAGGCGCGAAAUCUCGGUAGGGCGGAUGCAAUUUGGGGGGUUUUUGAUCGCGAUGCAGUUUGCUAAUCCUGUUUCGGUUGCAGCAGGAGAAGCCAUGGAUCGUUGGCCUGCUCUCCGUCUCGUGCAUCUCGCUCGCCUCGAAGAUGAAGAAGAGCAGAUCGGUUCUCGCGGAUCUCCAAGUGCCCUAAACCCUCUUUCGUCCUUGCUAAAUUUUCGGAGUUGGAUCGAUCGGUCUCACUCACUGUUCUAUUUGGGAACUCAGGGGGAAGGAGGAAUCGUCUUCGACGCCCAAGCGAUUCGGCGGAUGGAGCUGCUAGUGCUCGCGGCGUUGGAUUGGAGAAUGCGAUCGAUCACCCCGUUCUCCUUCCUCCGAUUCUUCGUCUCCUUCUUCGCCCCUGCUCCGGCACCUAUUCUCCGAGCGCUCAAGUCCCACGCCUCGCUGAUCAUCCUGAAAACCCAAAGGGAGGUGAAGAUGCUAAGGUUCAAACCUUCGGUACUGGCGGCAGCCGCGUUGCUCGCCGCGGCCUACGAGCUCUUCCCCGCCCAGUUCCCCACUUUCCGCGCCGCCGUCUACUCCUGCGAUUUUGUAAAUAUAGACGAGCUGUGGGAAUGCAGUCAUUCGAUGAGCAGCCUCUCGGUGGACGUCUGCGACGCUCCGGCCUCAGACACACCGGUGACCGUCUUCGGACGCCACUGCUCCAGCUCCGAGAGCGAGCCCGUCGUCGGAUCCUCCCCUGAAGUCGGCCGAGAGUUGAAGAAGCGUCGGUUCUACCUCGGCCACGCCGCCUGCAGCUCCAGCAGGGGAUAGCUACGCGGAUUCAUAUUCUGAGAAAAUCAACAAAGAAAAAAAAAGUCUCUUUUUUGUGGAGCAGAAAUCGUGGUCUAUCUAUCUAAAUUAUUAUCAAAUUUCAUAAAAAUUGGAAAUAUAUAAAUAAUCUAAUCCAUUUCCUUGUUCUUCGGC